AUGGCCAUCACCGAGUUUAAGGCUACCCCUCUCGACACCAUCCCCUCCAUCGCCAGUACCGCCCGCUCCACCUUCCGCACGCACAAAACCAAGACCCUCGCCUGGCGCAAGACCCAGCUCCGGCGCUUGUACUGGGCCAUCGAGGACUUCAAACCGCGUCUCCUCGCCGCCCUACGCGCCGACCUGCACCGCUCCGAUUACGAGUCCCUCCUCACUGAAAUCGAGUGGCUCAAGAAGGACUGCCUGUUCAUGCUGGAGCACAUUGACGAGUACGCCAAAGAUGAGAAGCUCAAAAGUCCGGAUGUCCCCGUCGCGUUCGCGGCUAUGAAAUUCAGGAUCAGGAAAGAACCCCUGGGCACGGUAUUAAUUAUCGGACCUUACAAUUUCCCCGUGCAGCUGCUCAUCUCGCCGUUGAUUGGUGCUAUUGCCGCGGGGUGUACGGCCGUGCUGAAGCCGAGUGAGUUGACGCCUAGCGUGGCGAUGGUUAUCAAGGAGCUGGUCGAAGCCCGACUGGAGAAGGGCGCUUUCGCUGUGGUGAAUGGAGGCGUCGCGGAGACGAGCGCGCUCAUGGAGAUCAAGUGGGACAAGAUUUUCUUUACGGGCAGCUCGGCGGUGGGCACGAUUAUUGCGAAGAAGGCGGCGGAGACGCUGACGCCUGUGACGUUGGAGUUAGGGGGGCGGAAUCCGGCUUUUGUUACGAAGAAUGCGGACCUGCAGUUGGCUGCGAGGAGACUGCUUUGGGGCAAGACGGUGAAUUGCGGGCAGGUGUGUCUCAGUCAGAAUUAUGUACUGAUCGAGAAAGGGUUGGUCGACAAGUUUGUGGAGGCGCUGAAGCAAGCGUAUAAGGAGAUGUUCCCUGAAGGAGCAAAGAAGAGCCCCGAUUUGGCGAGGAUCGUGAACAAGAGGCAUUUUGCGAGGAUCAAGAAGAUGCUUGAUGAGACGAAGGGGCGGAUUGUGAUUGGCGGCGAGGUGGACGAGAGUGAGCUGUAUAUUGAGCCGACGGCGGUCGUGGUCAGCUCGGUGGAUGAUGCCAUGAUGCAGGAGGAGUCGUUCGGGCCCAUCUUUGCCAUUUACCCGGUCAAUACGCUCGACGAGGCGCUGAAUGUGGCGAAUCUCGUACAUCGCACGCCUCUCGCGCUGUAUGCGUUUGGGAGCAAGAAGGAGAAUGAGCGGAUCCUCAACGAAAUGACCUCCGGCGGCGCAACCCUGAACGACGCCUUUUUCCACGGCAGCGUUAACACGAUCCCCUUCGGCGGCGUGGGCGACUCCGGGCUGGGCUGCUAUCACGGGCGCUGGAGCUUCGACUGCUUCUCGCAUAAGCGCACCGUCGCGGAAACCCCGCGCUGGGUCGAGCCGCUGCUGCGCGUGCGCUACAUGCCCUUCGACGUCAAGCACAUGAAGCGACUGGCCAUGCUGACGGAGAAGAAGCCCGACUUUGAUCGGGACGGAAAGCUCAUCAAGGGAUGGGCGUAUUGGAUUAAGUUGCUGAUUACCCUGGGCGGGGGGAGCGUCAAAGAUGAAGAGUGA